AUGAUGAAGAAACAAAAGCUGGACGAUUCUGUUUAUGAUAAAGAGAAAGUUGGGGUUGAGGAUGAGCAAGAGAAGCGUCGCUACAGAUCUAUGGCCAAGGUUGCAAUUGGUAGUGGGAUUAAUCCUUCCGUUGAGAACUCGGUCAUUUUCAGAAUUAAUCCACACAGUUUGCCCGAGUUUUACCCUCGAUACUUCGAAACUCGAGCGUACGAUUCUGGAGAUGUACGAAGAAGGUCAAGAAACUGUUGA